UUUGUACAUUUAUGUGAUCAUGGCAGAUACUGCAAAACCAAAAACAUUUGGGUCUAUGGGACUUUCAAGUAAUCUGGUACGCUCCCUUUCUGCACUGAGAAUCACACAUCCUACGCCAAUUCAACAAUCUUCUAUACCAUUAAUCUUGAAAGGAAAUGAUUUGAUCGGAGGAAGUCCAACGGGAAGCGGGAAAACACUAUCAUUUGCCAUGCCAAUUCUACAGCGACUCUCACUGGAUAUGGUCGGUGGAUAUGCAGUCAUACUCACACCAACUCGUGAGCUGGCACUACAAUUAUACGAACAAUUCGUCGCUGUCGGAGAAGGAGCACGGAUGGGACUACGGGUCAGUCUGGUUGUGGGUGGUUUGGAUAUCAUCAAACAAUCAACCGAGCUGAGUAAAAGUAGACCGCAUAUUAUCGUCGCAACUCCAGGUAGAUUGGUGGACAUUCUCAAAAGUGGAGGAAAUCAAGAGUGGGGAUUGGAAAGGUGUAAAUUUGUGGUAUUGGAUGAAGCAGAUAGGCUUUUGACAGAGACAUUCGGACCGGAGUUAUCUUAUCUGUUCAGCAUACUGCCGCCUGCCAGAUCGAGACAGACACUACUAUUUACUGCAACGCUCACGCCCGAGAUUGAGGCUUUGGCGAACAAGGAACCUGAAGAAGGUGCAAGGAAGCCAGUCGUUUGCAAGAUUGAACAAAGUACAGCUACGCCGCCAACAUUGGAUCAGAAGUAUUUGUUCGUGCCUUCUCAUAUGCGAGAACCUUAUCUCUAUCACCUUCUGCUCAAUGCUCCCAUCUCUUUCGGACAAUCCGGCGGCAAUAAUGAAGAUGAUGACGAAGACGAAGAAGAGAUGGAAAAGGUUCCAUUUUCAAUCAUCUUUGUUGCAAGAAGUGAAACGGCGGCUUUGCUCUCACAUAUGCUCCAACAGCUAGGAAUACCAAAUGCAGCACUGCACUCAACGCUUACGCAACAUCAGAGGAUGGACUCACUAACUCGCUUCCGCCAAAGAAGUGUGCCAAUCUUGAUCACAACAGAUUUGGGCUCUCGUGGUUUGGACGUGCCUGAUGUGGAAUUGGUGAUCAACUGGGAUCUUCCACGUGAAUGGCGAGAUUAUAUUCACAGAGUCGGAAGAACAGCACGUAAUGGCAAGCAAGGCUUAGCGGUCAAUUUUGUGGGAGAGAGAGACAUUGAACUUUUUCAACAUAUCGAAGAGACGAUCAAGGUAAAGAUGGAAGAGGUUAAAAUGCAUGAGGAGACAGUACUAGAGAAAUUAAACACUGUCAUGACUGCCAAACGAAUGGCAAGUAUGCACUUGCAUGAUACCCACUUUGGUCAGAACAAAAAGAGAAAUGAAGCAAAAGCGGCUAUGCGAAUGGCUUCAGCAGCACAAUCCAGUACCUCAAAAGCGAAGAAAACAAAAAAGACAAGAUCUGAUGGCAAGGCACUCUAGUCGGUCGCUUGCUUGAAUUGGUGUAUCAUUAUAUGUAUUAUACAGAAGUGCCAGAAGCACUUUUUCAUUGCUUUCUUGAUAAU